ACGAUCAAAUCAAAUCUGACCAGAGAGAAUGACUUCAUGAAAGAAAGUGUAAAGACUCUCUCAGACCAAAUGAAGAAAUAUGAAAACUAUUCUGAUAUUAUGCUGAGUGUAAAGAAGGAAAUUUCUAAACUAGGCCUGCAGCUACUACAGAAGGAUGCAGCUAUGGAAGAUAUGCAAAAGAACACACCUGGAUCAAUGGCCAAAGUUGUAAAAAAACAUUCAAAUAAAGCAGAAAACAAAAUAAAAGUACCAGCUCGAACACCUCCUCACAAAGUGCCAAAAGACAAAACAAUUAAAAAAAAGAAGCCAGUUACAAAAGCAAAAUUAGUUACACUACCAAAAGUACCACAACCUACCAUCAAGACCAAGCCUGGUAUCCGUCAGCCAGGUAUUGUAAAAAGUGUUACCUAUUACAAAGCAGGAAGACUUGAAGAAAUGGGAAAUAGUGGCAAGAGUAAGUUUAAACAAAGUUCUUUAUAUUUUCACACUCCUUAUUUUGUUCUAGAAAUUGUGUAA